UCUUUUUGACUGCUUGUUUUUCGAUUUGGCAUCGGCGCAGACAUGCAGCUAGCUACAUACAGCGUGUGUUUGUAUCGUGAACACUGAGCUCGUGUGUGGGUCUUGGACGCUGUAAUAUGGAAGAUGAAGAGGUUUGCGAAAGCUGGGAGGAAGCUGCAGACAGCGGGGAAAUUGAGAGAAGACUCGAAGCAAAGUUGAAAAUAAGCCAGAAAACAAAGAAAGCCACCAUCGGUGCAGGUAGCUCCCCUAUACGAACUGCCAUGGUUAUCCAGGAUGAAUCUCAACCUGCAGCCCCCCCACCUCAAAUCCGAAUUCUGAAGCGCCCCUCAAGUAACGGUUCCCUAGGGUCAGCUAGUUCAUCUAACCGCCCCACCCAGCAGCCGAAGUCACUGGCCCAGCGGGAGGCAGAGUAUGCUGAGGCCCGCAGGAGGAUUUUGGGUAGUGCUAGUUCUGAAGAAACACCUCAGGACAAACCCAGCCAAGACAGACCAGUGCGAGUGAGUGCCCAGCCACAGCCAGAACCGGUUCGUCCAAACAAUCACCUGAUCCGCCAACCCACUGGCCCAGAUGGCACCACAGGCUUCCGUCACUGCAGAUAGAGUGCAGAAGGGAGAGGGGGAUCCAUUGUCUCCAUGGGGGCAUGGUGUGCAGGGGAUAAAGGGGGAGGUAGCAUAGUGCAUGAAGAGCAGAGUGGUGGGAUGAAAUUUAAAAAUUUAGAUUAUGACAAACAGAAUAUAUUGGCCCACAGAAUGAGAUGAAGUAUCCCUCCCACCCCUUUCUGCUGACUGUUGGCACGCUCAUUGCCUUUCACCCUCUGCCCUGUCUCCAGCCUGCGCAGAGGGUUGCAGGGAGAUGGCAGAGAGGAGCUGAGUGUCAAGUCAGAUCUCCUCUCUGUCCCACACUGUGACAAGGGCAUUCCCUCAGGAUUCCACACACUGUGAUAUCUCCCAUGAUGCACCCUGAGCUGCCCCAUGCCCCUCUCCACUGUCCCUCUCCUGCUAAGGACCGCGGUGCUCCUAGGUCCCGGGCAAACCUGCCCUCCAGGGAAAUGACAGACUGGUUCUGUGGGACUUAAAGGUGGCCAGGGGGAAGUGAAGAAGGAACCUUGCUCCGGAUGUGAGUGUAGGGCCAUGGAUAGAGCAGGGGAGUGACAAGGUGCCACUUCGUGUUAGCAUGUUCAAGCAAUAAUUCCGAAAUCAACAUGUAAGCCCCGUCUUCUAUAGUUAGACUGCCCAUCUGCCUGUGCUGUAUCUGUUAAUAUUUGUCUGUUUUGUUUUAAGUUAUUUCAACAACAAAAACAUUUUACUGUAAUUAUUAUUUUUUUUUAAACAUCUGGGCAGUAACUGAAUGGUGAAUUUGGGAAGGUUGUUAGCUUAAUGGUGUCUUCUGUUUUUGCAUCUUUUUUUUUGUUGUCUGUUUUCAAAGUGGGAAUGAUAUAGAAGGGGGGAAAAAUGACAGAAUGUUAGUGAAGCUGAAUGUUUUAUAGCAUCUUACACAGGUAGUCAUUGAAAGUAGUAGCCAUUCGUGAAAUGAUACUGUAAGUAUAUGUUGAGAAAAUAGUUUAUGGAUGGCCAAAAAGUAAUCCUGUAAAAAUGUCCACACUGCGUGGCCUUGUUGCUUCAUUUGCGAAGAGAGGGGCCACAGAUGACAAGGAGCAUUUUUUAAUUUUUUUAAUUUUACCUUUAUUUAACUAGGCAAGUCAGUUAAGAACAAAUUCUUAUUUUCAAUGGCGGCCUAGGAGCAGUGUGUUAACUGCCUUGUUCAGGGGCAGAACGACAGAUUUGUACCUUGUCAGCUCGGGGAUUCGAACUUGCAACCUUUCGGUUACUAGUCCAACGCUCUAACCACUAGGCUAGCAUGAAGAAGGCCAUCUUUUUCUUUUGAUUCAGGGUUGUUUGAAGAGGAAGCCAUUGGCUGGAGGAGUGUUUUAAGCAGCACCUCUGUUCUGUCCUGUCUUUCAUUCUGUCUCUCUCCAGGGUUGCCUUACUUGGAGAGAGGAGCACCUGUUCUUGUACGGUAAAGACAUGCUGGAUCAAAGAGAAUGACAGAAUAACAAACUGAGUUAGAUGGAGAUUGACAUAAAGUUUAAAUGUUUGCUUGGUUAGAAGGCAAUGUUAUUGUUAAAGAGUGCCAAAGUUGAAAGGAAGCCCUUUUUUCCCCAGCAGAGGAACAUGUCAUAGCUCUGUCUAUCCAAUCUAUCUAGUUUUGUUAAUGAAAUGACAAGAAACUACAUCUUGGCUGUUUUAAACCAUACUAAAUGUGUUGACUCAAACGCCUUAAAUUAUAUUUGGUUUCAUAUUGGACCCCACAGUUACUGAGGCACCUCAGGUUAAUGCUCUUGGAUGCUGAGAUUUUUUUUUUUUUUUUAAUAUUCCUGUAAUCCCCCUUUCUCUAAUUUCUGUUAAUUGGCCCGCCUUAGAACCUCAGGAAAGGUGGUUUUGUUGGCCCCUCAGGCAGGUUUUAAUGCUGGAGUGGCCAAGCAAAGUCUUUGGUCUGCUCAAAUGUAAUCCCAGUGGUGCAGUGACUGGCUGGAAUUGUUGCACAUCCUAAUAUGUAAAGAAAAUCACACACAGUAACCUUAUUUGGGUGUGAUUCGGUUCUUAUUUGGACUAUACCUAGAGUAUGUUACGUCUGGGCCAUUGAAGAGUACUCAUAACCUCAUCCUUUAUCCUUUCUAGGGAUCACUGAGCAGAGAGGGCUGGACAGGUGAAAGCAAUACGGUGGAUAAACCCAGGUGGAUUGUAGAAACCCCUGGGUGCGGUUUCCACACCUGUCUAGUCUACAUGGAUCAGAGAUCAUCUUGGGGAAGGGAGGGAGGAGGAGACUAGAGUCUAACCCUGGAUUAUAAUGAUCCUCCUGAACAGGGUUAGGCUCAAUUCAGUUUAAUUCAGGAAGCGAAUUGAAAUGUAAUGCUUGAAUAGAAAAUAGUUUUUUUAUUUCUGAGGAUUUAUUCAGUUUGUGAAGUGAAUUUGAAUUCAAAACCGAAUUGACCCCCAACGAUGCGCUUGAUGAGCCUGCGCAAUUCCAGUAACUCAGCCAUCGGAUAUGGGGCGACAAUGAAGAGAUGACGCUCUACUCUUUAUGUCAUGCGAACACAACAAACAAAGCAGCCUGUAACGAUUUUUUUAAAUUCCCUUUAAUAAAAUAAUAUUGAAAAGUAAAGUUAAACGCAAUUGCAAAUAUUUUUGUUUGGUGUAGAGUUUUAUUUUUCUAUUUUGUGAAAUGGGAUAUGUGCAUUAGUCAAAUAUGAGUGGUUUUACAGAUACCAAGCAUAGCUGAAACCAUAACCUUAAAUGGCCCUCAAUGACUACAGGAAGAAUUUCAAAUACAUUAAUAUGACAGAAUUCUUUGAGCAAUCAUGUGAAUAUGACAUUCUGCACAACCAACAUAAAUUGCAUUUCAGAAAUGCUUAAUGCGACCAUUGUCAAUUUUGGUCAAUGCCCAAUGAGCUCUUCGUGUGCUUUUGAAGUUAUACCUAACGUACAAUUAUUUAAAUUUUUUUACUUUCAAUUAGGCUAAUGCUUGAAAUUAUUAUUCUAACCUAAACAAUAGCAGUAAGAACUCCAUAAAUGACUAACUUUCUCUCAUAGAUUUUAUUGAGCUGUUGUAUUUAAAAUUAGUUUGGUGGCAGACAUUUCAGAUUUUCCCUUGAUGUUGUGGAGAUAUUUAAUAGUCUGUCCUGUUAAAAACAAAAAAAAUCUAUGUCUUAAACCCCGCAGUAAGCACCAUUGACAUGCAUCUUGUGUUCUUACUAACCUGAUCUAGAAAUGUGUCAAGUGUCGUCCUAAUGUAUAUCUCCUUGGAACUGUCAUAUCAUUGAACACUUGUGUCCUUUGUUUGUCUAGCCCAACACACUACAACAGUGGUAUUCAAACUUUUUCGGGGACCCCAUUUUUUUCACAGAUUUUUCUCAUGACCCCACACCAAAUCAAAUGGCACAAUGUUAAAAUCAGUACAUUUCUAUUUUUAAAUCAACAAAUAGCUUUCAAGUCAUACCAUUUUCAAAAUAAAAAUAAACCAAAAAAUACAUCAACUUGAAAGUGUUUUUCAAUUAUCUUUCUUAAAACCGUUUGUAUAUUGUCCAAUACAAGGAUCUGUACUCUUAUUAAUACAUUUUACGACCCAACUAGGGGUCACGACCGGGACUUUGGAUACCACUGCUCUACAAUAUGUGUCCAGGAUGUGUUCUGUCUAUUUUGUAUGAAUAAACUGCAGUAAUUAGAGAACAUAUUCUAAAAGCCAUUGGCCUGUUUAGACAUGGACAAGUGUUACUUUUUUGCCAAAAUAAAAAUAUUUGAGAUGUAAAUGUCAAUAACAUUUAAGUUAUAGGUCAUAUCCAUUUGUGUGCUAUGGGCAGAAAGGUUAGCAUUUUACUAUGGAAAAAUGUCCUACAAGUGAGCGCAAUGGGGUAAAGUACUUAUGUAAAAAUACUUUAAAGUACAACUUAAGUAGUUUUUUGGGGUAUCUGUACUUUACUAUUUAUAUUUUUGAUAACUUUUACUCCACUACAUUUCUUAAGAAAAUAAUGUAUUUUUUACUCCGUACAUUUUCCCUGACACUCAAAAGUACAUGUUACAUUUUGAAAGUGUCCAAUUCACACCCUUAUCAAGAGAACAUCCCUAGUCAUCCCUACUGCCUCUGAUCUGGCGGACUCACUAAUCUCAAAUGCUUAGUUUGUGAAUGAUUAUUGAGUGUGCCCUUGGCUAUCCAUAAAUAAAAAGAAGAAAAUCGU